AUGGGUUCUACUUCAACCGCCCCUUCAAAGAAGUGGCAUCCCUUUUCAUGGCUUCAUGGUUUAUCGCUCUUCUUCCUCUUCACCGUGUCAUUUUCAACCUUAAUGGUCUCCUCUUCCUCAAGUCCUCAAAUCUCCUACUCCGAUCACUGCGGCUCAGUUGUGCCGGAGUCGACCCCAACUGAACUCGACGAUUCCACCUUUGUGCUUCCACAGCUCCAAAAUGGCUUCUACAAUGGUGGAGAUAGAAUUCUAAACAAGUCCUCUGUUAACUCCGCUCCAUUCUCCAAGUCCCUGUGGUUUCAGACCCCAAGCGUUUAUAAGACCAAGGUCGAGGGGGUGUUCAAGAUUGAGGGAAGUGUGACCCUGCAAAGUCAGGAGCAGAGUGUGGGAUAUUGGGGCAGGUACUAUUACCAGGCGCCUAGAGGGUCUGGGAGUGGUUCUUUGAGUUUUAGCUUACAUGGGUUCUGGUCUGAAUCUUCUGGGAAACUUUGCAUGGUGGGAUCAGCUAAAGCUUAUUCAGAAGAUGCCCGUAAGUUGCUUGAUUUUGCAGCUGUUCUGAAACUCAUUGUCCCAAAGAUUUCAAAUAUUUCCACUACUAUGGUUACUGGGACCCUGGAGAGUUUGAGCUUGGCCGACGAGUUGAACUACUUUGAUCCAAUUUCCAUAUUGAUGUUCCAUCAGACAAAUUACAACUACACUUUGGUUUCCGAAGAAUUUGAUAAAGGGUGUUCUGGUGGGACUGAUAAUGUCCCCCAGAGUGCAUCUCUUGGUUUGCGGCCCGGAAGAAGUCUCUGUUCCAUGGUGAGUGGCGCCAGUGAGUAUAAAUUGGAGUAUGCAAGGGAUUGCAAUUCUACAAAGAACUGCAGUCCUUUUGGUGGGGAUAUCAAUUCUUCGCCCAACAUCAUGUCCCUCACUUCUACUCAGUGUUCAGAUGAGAAAAAAAUGCUGCAGUUUCUUGUUGAAUUUUCAACACAGGACUAUUUUUGGUAUAAUCAACCCUUCAAUCCCAACACAACAUUAGUUGGGGAGGGAUCAUGGGAUUCAAGGAAGAACAGGCUAUGCAUUGUCGCUUGCCGAAUCUUGAACGUGACUGAUUCUUCAGCUAAAGCUCAUGUUGGGGAUUGCUCAUUCAGGCUGACCUUGAGUUUCCCUGCUAUUUGGUCACUCACAGAAAGUAGUAAGAUUGUGGGGCAAAUCUGGACAAACAAAUCUGCCAAAGAUUUGGGUUACUUCAACGGGAUUACAUAUCGAAAUGUCGAUAAUGGAAGGCAGGCACUCCCAGGCUUAAAAUACAAUUAUACUGAAACUGACAGAGUAAAGAAGUCAUGUCCAGCCAAGAAGCAGCCUUCGGAAAGCAGAAAGGAAAGGUACCCAAAUGAGGAUUCUUAUGACAUGAGAUUCCGUAUGUCAAUUAAGAAUUCUCAAGGAACAAUUGCCCAGGGUGAUUCAUAUCCCCUCUCCGUGGGUGAUCACAUUUACGAUGGGACGUAUGCUAUGUCUUCAUCAGACUCAUGGUCAGGAAGCAGCAAUGACCCUGCAGUUACAGCAAUCGAAAACCAUAGCAGCCCAACAAAUAUCAGCUACAAGAUGAGCUUGACUCUGACGCAUGACGCCAAGUUAGGCGAUCAGUUUUCUUUGUUUAACUUAUCUUCGAGCUCGAGUCAUUGGGCAGAGAUAUCUGCUGAAGGGACUUAUGAUGCUGAGACAGGAAAGCUCUGCAUGGUAGGCUGUAGACAUUUGGUUUCAAACAUCCAAUUUUCUACAAAGUACUCUAUGGACUGCGAGCUCCUUGUCAAUGUCCAGUUUCCUCCCCUGAAUGCAAAGAAAAGAGGUCUUAUCAAGGGAACAAUUGUAAGUAAUCGAAAGAAGGCCGACCCUCUUUUCUUCUAUAAACUGGACUUUGUUGCUGCUACUUAUUACAUGGUUGAGGCAGAACAAUCCAUAUGGAGGAUGGAUUUUGAGACUGUCAUGGUUCUGCUCUCUGAAACACUUGCAUGUGUCUUCAUUGUGUUGCAAAUCUUCUAUGGGAAGAGGCACCCUGAAGUGCUUCCAUCCAUUUCACUUAUCAUGCUUGUGAUUCUUACCCUGGGGCACAUGAUCCCUCUUCUCCUCAACUUCGAAGCCCUGUUCUUGGGCACCCAUAACCCCCGGCACAUCUGGUUCAGGACUGGUGGAUGGCUUGAAAUGAACGAGGUUAUUGUGAGGGUGGUUAUGAUGAUAGCUUUCCUGAUGCAGAUUCGUCUUCUUCAGCUUUCAUUGUCUGCUAAACUGGCCAAUAGAAAUGAUCAAAAGGACUCAUGGGGUGAAGAGAAGAAAGCCCUGUAUGUGACCUUGCCACUGUAUGUUGCUGGGGGCUUAAUUGCUUUCUUCGUGCACUGGAGGAAGAACAAAUAUGAUCCUAUUGCUCAUUUCUCUCGUCAUCAUAUCAGACAGCAGCAACUUUCGGUACUGCAUGACCUGAGAUCAUUCGCAGGUUUGGUGUCGGAUGGAUUUCUUUUCCCUCAAAUCCUGCUCAACAUGUUCGGGAACUCAAAGGGAAAGUAUCUUUCUCAUUCAUUCUACAUUGGAACAACCCUCAUUCGGAUGCUUCCGCAUGCGUAUGAUCUUUACAGGGCUCACACUUUCACCCGUGAUUUUGAUGAAUAUAUGGACACAUACAUUUAUGCAAAUCCUGGUGCAGAUUUGUACUCCACUGCUUGGGAUGUCAUCAUAGCUUGUGGGUGCCUGCUGUUUGCUGUGAUCAUUUACUUGCAGCAGCGGUUCGGGGGUCGUUGCAUCCUUCCCCAAAGAUUCAGGGUAUCAGAAGAAUACGAGAAGGUGCCUACGAUGAGCAGCGUCGAGUAA